CAGUGCUUCAAAGAAAACAAAAAGCAUUUUGAUACUUAAUUUAUUUAAGACUAAAAUUAAAAUAAUAAUCCAAAACAGAAAACAGGCCAAAGGUGUAGAGGUGGUUUAUGUGAGACUGCAAAUAGUUCUUAGGAUUAGCUCGCUCGUGAUAUCGCGGCUUGCUUAACAGAUCAUGUGACCUGCCAAAAUGUCCAACUCGGUAGCUCCAGGUAUCCGCUGUCUUCAACAAGCUGGUGGAUCUUGUUGCUGUGAUAGAAACAAGGGCUACCGAGCGUAUAUUUUAAUAUUGACAUUUCUUGUAUACACAUCAUAUCAUCUUGCCAAAAAGCCUCUCAGCGUAGUUAAGAAUGCCCUCCAUGGGAAUUGUUCCAGUAAAGCAGAUAACUUUUCACUCAAUGAUACAGCCUGUGAUUGGAAGCCUUUUGAUAAAGAGAAUGCAGAGGAGCUGCUUGGUAGCUUGGACUAUGCUUUCUUAUUUGCCUAUGCUGUGGGCAUGUUUAUUAGCGGCCAUGUUGCAGAAAGGAUGAAUUUAAGAUAUUUCCUCAGCGUGGGAAUGAUUUUGACAGGAAUUCUUACUGCUCUGUUUGGCAUGGGAUAUUUUUGGAAUAUCCAUUUAUUAAUAUUUUAUUUAACUGUACAGAUCAUCACUGGGUUGUUCCAAUCAACAGGCUGGCCUAGUGUGGUGGCCACAGUAGGGAAUUGGUUUGGCAAGGGAAAGCGAGGUUUUAUCAUGGGGGUAUGGAACUCUCAUACCAGUGUAGGGAACAUCCUUGGUUCUGUCAUAGCUGCUGCCUUUGUCAACUACGCCUGGGGGUGGUCCUUUGUGGUCCCUGGCUUGAUAAUAGGAGGACUUGGGAUAGUGGUGUUCUUCUUCCUUGUGCCUGACCCAGAAGAUGUUGAAUGUAGUUUACCAGACCAUCAGGGCAAGCAAGUAGAGACUCAUAACCGGGCUCGGGAUCUUGUAGAGUCCUACAACCCAGACCAUGACAAGUUUAUGGAAAAGACACCAUUUUUGGGAGAGGAACCCGUCCAUAGAUAUGUAUACUCUAGAAUACCAAACGCAGAAGAGGAACCCCUUUCAUCUCAGUCCGUAAAUAAUGUUGAUAAUCUGCCUCAGGAGCAUGCUGAACACGAACCCAUUUCUCUACUGGGGGCCUUGAAAGUACCUGGUGUAGUAGAAUUUUCUCUGUGUUUGUUUUUUGCUAAACUGGUCAGUUACACCUUCCUGUUCUGGCUACCAAAAUACAUCAAAGCUACCACUUCUCUGUCUUCUGAACAAUCUGGUGAUUUGUCUACUGUCUUUGACUUUGGGGGCAUUUUUGGUGGUAUAAUAGCAGGUGUUAUAUCUGACAUUACUGGAGGGAGAGCAACUGUUUGUCUAGUCAUGUUGAUUAUUGCAGCACCAGUGUUAUUCAUUUACAAUGCAUAUGGGACAGUGACCUGGGCUUUCAACAUAUUCCUGUUAUUUACCUGUGGUUUCUUUGUCAAUGGUCCCUAUGCCCUGAUAACAACUGCAGUGUCAGCAGACCUGGGCACUCACAAGAGUCUGAAGGGGAACGCCAAAGCUCUGGCCACUGUCACAGCUAUUAUAGACGGAACUGGGUCUAUGGGUGCUGCACUUGGUCCUCUACUCACAGGUCUUAUCACUCAGGGAGAAAGAAAAGACGCCUGGAAGGAUGUUUUCUAUAUGCUCAUUGCUGCUGAUGUGGCCGCUCUACUGCUCCUCUUUCGGCUUGUAUAUAGAGAAUUCAGUGGUUGGUGUCGACGUAGGGAAGUGGAGUUAUGAUCGAACAUCCUGACCUUGGAUGACCUUGAAUGAAGAUGAAUGCAGUAAAUGGUGACCUUUACCUUUAAUAUCACUUUCAAGGUGCAAUCAUUAUUGAAUAUCUCCCUGGCAUUCAACAAUCAGAGAGUUAUUCCUCUAACCUCAGACAUUCCUGUCUCACUGUAAUUUGUCUAAUUUUUUUUUUCAACCACAAAAUCAUCUGCUAAGUGUUUUAUUUGUGGAUUUGAAGUGAUUGUGGUUUUUAUUCACAUGAACAAAACUAGGAGGUGGUUUUAUUCAAUAUUGUUUAAGCAAUUUAGACAAGACAAAAAUAUUAAAACGUAGAGUUAUGAAAUCUGAAGUAUAUUGAUAGCCCCCCUUCCUCACCCACACCCCCUUCCCAAAAGGUCUUAUAAAUAAAGUUAAUUGAUCAGUGAUGGAGAAAAGACAUCACUACAAAGGCAGUGUUCAAAAAUUUUUAAUCCUACUUUCUAAAAUUGUGAUAUUUUUUUAAUUCAAAUGAAGUAGUUUCUCAUUUGGGGAUAGAGUUUCUUAGGUCACAGCAAUAAGUGGAAAUGAGCCAUUUUUAUUUUAAAUUGUAGAUUACAAGCAGGUCUAGAAGGAAUUUACUUUACAUAUUUUGUGUUUUAGUGUGUUUUUAUCUUUUUUUUAAAGAUAUUUACCCAUUUUAUCAAAAAAUAAUUCUCCCUUUUAACCUAGAUCACAGCAUUGAAAUAUUUGAACAAGUGAAACACAUUGUUAAAGUUAAACUGCAAAGAAUGAUUCUCAUGUCAAAAUACUAUUAAAUUUUAUGGUUUAUGAACAUGAUUAUUUUGUUCAAUGAGAUAUCGUUCUCCACACACAUACACAUAUAUGUUUAUAAGCAAUAUUUUAAACAGAACUACAGAGGUAAUGUGGGGUUAAUGAACAGUGGUAAUGUGGGGUUAAUGAAAAGAUAACGGAUUGCAAAUGCCAGCCAGGUGAUUAUUUUAAAUGACAUCUAUUUUUACAGGCUAUCAUUAGCUUCUUUUGUGAAAUUUAUACAGUAACCAACUUAAUUUCCAACUUAAUUUUUAUGGUGUUUUUUUCACACAAUACUGAAAUUGAAGGUCUCCAAAAUUUUUUGUAAACUAUGAUACAUUUGUCUUCUUUUCUUAGACAAGAAGGUACAAAUAAUUUUCAGUCCUAUCGUAAGGUAUUUGAAUGAAAACUAUAAAUGUUUUCCUUGGAUGAAGAAAAUCUGAAUAUGAGAAAAACAUUUUGAUAAUCCGUAUUUGACACUUCACUGGUGCAUUUGCACUACCUGUCAUCAUUUAAUGGACAGAUUGUUUGACAUUUUGGAACUAAUUUCAAAUACCAUUUUAUGAUUUAUGAUUGUUAUAUAAUAGUAAUUUUGCUUCAAAUAAUCUCUGGCUAUUUAUUAAUGUGCCCCAGCCAUUCCUGUACAAUUUAAGCUAAUUCAAGCAUCUUGGUCAAAAACUUCAUCAGAGUUGGCAAGUUCAUUUCACAUUCCAAGAAAAUGCCACCACUCCACAAUGAUGUAAUAUAUUUUCUAUGCCUUUAUACACAAGGAGUGGUUUCGAGCAGGUGGAUACUGCAUUGUGAUACAUAUAGUAGGUACACCAUGGCUGGAUGAGAAGUAUUACUCCAACCAAUACCACAACAGAUGGGGAGAACAAAAGAUCCCUGCAGUUAGCAUCAAUGCAUAGCGUGCAUUUUGCAAACCACGCCAUGUCUUGUUCUUAUUUUCUCAACACUCGUCAUGAAAUAAAUAUUAUGUAUAUACCGUUACACAACUUGGUUCAAAUCUGGGAAGUUCAAUUCUGGAUGUAUAUUUUUUUUUUUUUUCUUUUCUUAGGGUAAUGACACUGGGUGAUAUUUGAAAACUGAAAUCUUAAGAUGCUGACAUUCAGAUGUUGAAAUUCGUCCUUCCUAAACCAAGUUUAGUUCUUAGGUUUCUAGAAGAUAAUGACACUAUCUGUAAUAUUUUACUUUGUUGUGUGUUGUGGAGUUUUUUCCUCUUUUAUAAUAAUUGUUAUUCAAUUUUUUUAAGGGGAUGAAGUGUAAUUCUUAAUAUAAUAUUCUAAUGUAAACCUGAACAAACAUUCAGAAGAUUGCCAUUGGCAGUGUCAAGUCUCUUGCUGUUAUGUUUUGCCAUACAUUAGCAAGGUUGCUUUUUUAAAGUCCUGUAUAGUAUAGAUUGGUAAAAUUUAGUUUUAUUGCAUACUGUUAUCCAAUGUAGAUAGUUAAAAGUUACAAUUAUGAUAUUUGUAUCUCCUGACAACUUCACCUCAAGUGUUGAUUCAUCAGGGCUGGAAAGGUACCACAAACUUGACAAAAAUAAUUCCAACUUACAGCUUGUUUCCCAUUUCAUUUUAUAUACAGUUUACCUCCUCUUCUGGAGUUGUAAGCAGACUUGUUAACAAGAAAGGUUAACACAUUGAACAAAGUUUCAUAGUAUGUGAUAGUUAAAAUAAGGUGACAUGGUUUCAUAUAAUUUUGAGUGAAGAUAAUAAAUUAAAUUAAA